GGUGGCACCCUGCGGACAAUGUGAAUGUAAACAGCAGUCCACCUCUGAGACUUUAAAUAGCGCUAUUCAGUAAGAUUUAUAACAUUUAACUUAUAUUUAAUGUCAAUGGCUCUCAGAGUGUGUGCCCGGGUCUUCAGAGACUCCGCCCUCUGUUCUGCACGAGCCGUUAUCUCCGCGCGACAGGAAAGUGCGUCACGAUUAACGGCAGGAUGUGCUCCCUGCAGCCGAGGAGGAAGGAUGGGACUCAACUUCACUCCUGCAUGUUUUAUAUCUUCAGAGGUUUUUCUCAGCAGACUGAUGAAAGGCAAAGCACUUGAGGCAGACGGCAGCGCUUAUCGCCAUCCAGCCUCAGUUCCACCCAACAGCGGUGAACAGCUGUCUUUGCUACUGAGACAACCAGAUCAACCGGACAAUCCAAAGGUUUUAAAAGUGGCUAUUAUAGGUGCUCCAAACACUGGGAAGUCAACGUUGACCAAUCAGCUCCUCGGCAGAAAGGUGUUUGCAGUCUCUAAGAAAGUACACACUACACGAUCACGAACCCUCGGGGUCCUAACAGAAGAUGAAACACAGAUAAUUUUACUGGACACUCCUGGUCUCACAACUGUAUCAAAAGUCAGAAGACACCAGCUGGAGAAGUCUUUGCUUGUGGAUCCCUGGAACACAGUGAAAGAAGCUGAUCUAGUGGUGGUCAUGGUGGAUGUGGCAGACAGAUGGAUGUGCAAAAAGCUCGACUUUGAGGUGCUCAAAUGCCUCACCCUGCACCCCGAUAUCCCUGCUAUUCUUGUCCUUAACAAGGUGGACCUGGUAAAGGCAAAGGACAGGCUGUUAGGUAUCACAGCAGAGCUGACAUGUGGAGUAGUGAAUGGAAGUAAAGUACGGGUCAGACCGGUGAUAAAGCCUCCAUGGGCUGAAAAGAUGCCACUAAAUGACUUGGAGUCCUCCCCUGAGGAGGAAGAUUCAUGGCCUGAGGACAACGCUGAUUCAAACUCUGUGCUGAGCAAAGAGCAGCUGCAGGCACUGAGGGGUCAGCAGGGCUGGCCUCACUUCAAGGACGUCUUCAUGCUGUCAUCUGUGGACAAGGAGGACGUCGAAACGCUGAAGAGCUACUUUAUGACUGCAGCAAAGCCGGGCUCGUGGCAGUACCACAGCGAGGUCCUGACAGACCAGAGACCAGAGGACAUCUGUAUCAACACUAUCAGAGAGAAGCUCCUAGAGUUUCUGCCCAAGGAGGUUCCCUACUCCAUGACACAGUCUAUUGAACUCUGGCAUGAAGGAGAAGACGGAGACCUCAGUAUUUCUGUGAAGCUUUACGUGAAGAAAGAAACCCACAUGAGGAUGGUGAUUGGCACAGCAGGUCAGAUGGUUGCAAGGAUGGCCCGUGAAGCAGCUGAGGACCUGAGCAGCGUCUUCCUGAAGGAGGUGAAGCUGAAGCUGUCAGUGAAGCUGAGGAAGUGAAGAAGAUAGAGAGACUUUAACUCUUUCUGGUCUAAGACUGACUUAUUUGUGUGAUUUUCUCUGCAAAGACGGACCUGAAAACUGGAGCUGUUACAUUCACAGUCCUGGAGCUUCCUCUGAGAUUUUCCCCUUGGUGGAAAUAGAUUAAUUCAUCACUUUGAAUUCAAUGUCUUUCCAGACUUUUUCUGCAGGAUCUCUUCAUGCAUACUCAUGAAACAUUAUAUUUAUGUGAGGAUGUAACAGAGAAGAUUGUGUUAUUGCGGUGGAAAUAGUUAGGGGAGCCCAUAACCUUAAAGAAAAUUGGCAUAUCAGUAUUAAUAAAAUGUAGAAAAUAUUGAAAUAAAAGCAGCUUAAAGAGGCUAAGGAUUGAAAUUAAAUGAAUAAUUGGA